ACCACGGCGCAGCGCGCCCCGGUUGCCAUCCCGCUCGCCUCCCUCUCCUGCUCUGCUCUGCUCAUCUCCCUCCGCUCGCCAAAUCCUGCAGCCACCACCACCAGAGCAGACCCGACCACCAGGAUGCUCAUGACCGCAGCCGCCGUCCACAUGGACUCGGCCCACUGUCGCGGGCUGCCACCCUCCUCCUCCACCUCGCCGGCGCCGCCAUGGCUCCCCGUCCUUGCCGAUGACAACCACCAUCACCAGCUCCUCCGCGACUUCACGGCCUCCUCGGCUCCAUCCCACUCGACGCCCUCCACCGCGGCGCCGCCGAGCCACCACCACCACCUCCGCACCGCGGCUACCGCAACCCGUCGCAGCGCCACGAAACGCCGCCCGCGCCCGUCGCGGAAGCUGCCCACCACCUACAUCACCGCCGACCCCACCAGCUUCCGCCGCAUGGUGCACCAGGUCACCGGCGCCGACGACCUUCUGCCUGCGCAUCCUCCGGAAGCCGCUCUCUGCCGCCCGGCGCCCUACCGCGUUGGUGCCGCCGGCCCGGGCGGCGCGCUGACGACGCUGCCCACGCUCGACACGUCGGCGUUUCUGCUCGGCGCGGCCGGAUCCGGAGUGGCCGCGCCGUGCGCGGGCUCGGCCGGGUUUUCCACGGCGGCGCCAGCGGUGGAUCGGGCGGAGGCCGGUGGACCGCCUGGAGGGGCUUGCAACUACAGCAGCGGUAGCAGCUGUGGUGGCUUCCCGACCUUGGAUUCCUGGGAUGCUCAUCUCUUCUAGCUCCCGUUUGGUUGCCUGCUGCCAUCCUCAGUAUUAGCUUUGUGAAACAAACCGUGUAGUGUAACAAGAAUAUCUUGGAGGCUCGAUAGAUGUAGUUGCCAUAUUGUUGUAACUUGUUGUAAUCUAGAGUUAGUUUUUAGGAUGGUAACAAAUUCUAUCCAGCCGCCAAACUUGAUGUCCGCGCCACGGCAAUGGCUGUUAUUGCCCUAUAUAAACAUGGACCCGUCGACCCAGGAAGGGUAUCGACGUUUGCCCCA